AACGUGUCGACUUACAAAAAUUUGGAGAGAGAAACAAGAGAGAGAGGGGGAAUUUGAAAGGUCUAUAAACAGACAUACUCUGCAACUGCUGUGUUCUUGCCUCCUUGACCUCCUCUGGUUAUUUUGGGGCUUUUGGUUGGCUGGAAUGGUUGUUUAUUUGGUUAAUCUUUUGAUGUUAUAGCUUCCGCGUGCUCUGUUCAAAGAAAAGAAAAGAAGAAAACACGAGGACGAGGAGGGUACGUAUACAGACACAGAGGGCUUUAUUGGGAGGAUUUGAAUCUUUUCUUUCUUUUGUCUUUUAUCUGUUUGUUGUAAAGACUGAUUGGAUAUAAGGUUCAACGAAACUGACAAUGAACUUGUCAAUGGGAGUCCUGGUUUGGGGGAGAUAAGAGCAAUGAUUCCUUCGCGUGUUUCUUAAAAGCUAAAACCACUAGAGGAUCGUUAUUUUGGCGUUAACGUCAAGGUGAAUUCGUUUGCGAUUACGUUGAGAAGAAGCAGGAGGGAGUACAAUCGGAUUGAGGGUUGUGAUAUCCUUCUCUGGUGCAUGAACGGAUAUAUUGCAGAAGAAGUUCCGUCGAAAAUGGCUUGUAAUCCAUCGGUAAUGCAAGAGCCGAGCAUAGACACUGAUAAGUUGAGCUACGAAAUUUUUUCGAUCCUUGAAAGUAAGUUUCUCUUCGGAUAUGACGAUCAAAAGCUCUGGGAGCCCAAAGAUAUCUCUCCGCCGGUGGCGGAAUUGAAACCGAUCGAAACGGUCGCUGUUGAUAAUAGCGUUUCGGCUAUCAAGAACCAGAGGGGGAAAAUCUGCAUACUCAGCAUCGAUGGAGGCGGUAUGCGAGGGAUUCUAUCAGGGAAAGCUUUGGCAUACCUGGAACACGCUCUAAAGGCCAAGUCCGGUAAUCCUGACGCGAGAAUCGCAGAUUAUUUUGAUGUCGCUGCAGGGACCGGUAUCGGUGGCAUAUUCACGGCGAUGCUGUUUGGCACCAAGGAUCAUAACCGUCCGAUUUUCAAGGCAGAUGACACGUGGCGUUUCCUGGCUGAGCAGGGGAAGCGAUUUUACCGUUCCAGUUCUGGCGGUUCCGUUAAUGGAGGCGGCUUCUUGAAGCGGCUUAUAAAAGUUACUGGUUCGACCGGGUCGCCCACCGCCGGUUUAGAGAAAGCAGUGAAGGAAGCAUUCACCGACAAGGGCCGCAGUCUGACUCUCAAGGACACGUUGAAGCCGGUAUUAAUACCCUGCUUCGACCUAUCGAGUACGGCGCCGUUUUUGUUCUCCCGAGCCGACGCUUUAGAGACGGACAGUUUCGACUUCCGGCUAUGGGAGGUGUGCCGGGCGACAUCAGCCGAACCGGGGCAGUUCGAACCGGCUUUGAUGCGGUCUGUGGAUGGAAGGACAAGUUGUGUGGCGGUUGACGGCGGUCUAUCUAUGAGUAACCCCACCGCCGCCGCAAUUACGCACGUGCUGCAUAACAAGCAAGAAUUUCCAUUCGUGAGAGGAGUUGAGGACUUGUUGGUGCUGUCUCUCGGAACAGGUCAACUAGUCGAGGUAAGCUUUGAAUACGAACAGGUCAAGAACUGGAAGGCCAAGGACUGGGCUCGACCAAUUGCUCGAAUAUCUGGUGAUGGCUCCGCUGACUCAGUGGACCAGGCGGUGGCCAUGGCGUUCGGUCAGUGUAGAAGCAGUAACUACGUUCGUAUACAGGCCAAUGGUUCGAGCUUGGGCAGGUGUGGACCCAAUGUGGAUACAGAUCCUAGCCCUGGCAAUGUGAAAAGUCUAAUAGGAGCUGCUGAGGAAAUGCUUAAACAGAAGAAUGUGGAGUCGGUGCUCUUUGGUGGCAAAAGGAUUGGAGAGGAAAGCAAUUUCGAAAAACUCGAUUGGUUUGCAGGAGAACUUGUGUUGGAGCAUAUGAGGAGGAGCUGCAGAAUUGCUCCCACUGUUGCUUUCAAACAAGCUACCCCGAAGCCCUUUUAAACUGGAUUUAUUAAAUACUAGAAAGCAACCCCAAGAGGUUAAAGGUGAAAAGUGAAAAUAAAAAUAAAGAUCAAGGAGAAAAGAGUAAUAUAGCAGGUUCUUACUUUUGCAAGUGAAGACUGAAGAUCAGACAAGAGAAGAGAGGGGAGGAGGGAAUUGAAUGAAAAGGACAAAUAGUGCAAAAAGGUUGAAGAUUUAAAGUGGGAUACUCUUCCCUCCAGAGGACAGACAUUGCGGUGUCCACUCAACCCUUCUACAGCCACAAUGCUCCAAUAAAUAGAGAAAAAAGAAACCAAAGUGUGUUCAAACUUUUAAAGGUCAAAGCCACCAGUAUCACCAGAUGUGAAUCUUCUUCAUAUUCUUUUUAUGAGUUUGGGUAUUGCGUUUCAUUUCUUUCUUUCUUUUGGGUCCUUUAGUUGAACAAAAGUUUGGUCAGGUCAGGUGUUGGUCACAUAGUGAUAGUAUAGCCAAAGUUGCUUGUCUUACCUUCUCUUCCUUUUUCCUCUUGUUAUUUUCAGUAUAGAUUGCAUUAAUUGAUAAGGUUUUAUAAGGGUGGGUAUGCUCUCUUGUUUUAAGCUACCGACCAUAUCCGAUGCGAAUGUGACAAGCAGAGUGGACCAAAUAUGGUUGAUUGUGUCUACAGACACUUUUCUAGAAAUGUAUUAUUUUUUUU